GUUGAGACUAGACGCUGUGUCACUCGGCUACUUUGUCGAAGGAAUUGGAACCCGGCACUAGGGAAUAUGGCACAAACUAUUUUUGCAUGUGUCCUUCUACUCAUACACCUUUUUAAUGGUGGAGCCGUUACCCCAAAUGACGUCAAAGAAUUAAAGAAAAGAAUCUUCGAGGGAUACGAUGUUAACAUUCGGCCUGUUCCCAACCAAACAGAGUCAAUACACGUGGAUAUGAGAUUCAUCCUUGCCAGCAUCGACAACCUGGAUCUGAAGAUUCAGAAACUAAAAUGGAACGGCUUUCUGAGCUUGCGUUGGACCGACAUAACGCUAUCAUGGAACACCAGUGAGUAUGGAGGCCUGGACUUCAUAACGGUGCCGCAGUCGAACAUAUGGCGUCCCGACUACAUCAUCAACAAUGAGUAUGUACACUUGGGUGUUUCUCAAAAAAAAGCCCUGGGAACCUCGGACACUCUGGUCUUCAUUAAAAGCAGUGGAUUAGUCACUUGGGAACCAGGGAUGGUUAGUGAAACAAGCUGCAAAAUUGACAUCAGAAAGUACCCCUUUGACACCCAGACCUGUUCCUUUGACUUUCUUCCCUGGAUGACAACAAGCAGGUUCUUGAACACUACCAGUCUCAAUAAAAUCGACAUGGCAUCUUUUGUGCCUCAUGGGGAGUUCACCACAGGAGGGUCCUCAGUCCAUUUCGAGCGCAUCAAUUUAGUAUUUACGGACGAUGUAUUGGUGACAGUUAGGUACGAUCUGGUCCUCCACAGACGUCCGGCGUUCUAUUGGAUGGUCAUGGUAUUUCCAAUGUCAACCUUUCCAAUGCUGAGUCCUAUCAGCUUCCUCGUGCCUGUUGCCAGUGGGGAGAAGAUAACUCUGUCAAUCACCGUGGUGUUGUCCUACUUUGUAUUCAUUGGGUCAAUGAACGACGCGAUGCCAAAGUUGUCCGAUACAGUUUCCUUGAUAGGUACGUCCAUACUAAUUUUCUUUUCUUUUGAAGGACUAGACUUUCAAGGAAUUUCAAGGCCUCACCGAGGACCCAUUCUGACCGUCUUCAGUGGGCAACACAGAACCAACAUUGGCGCCACCGGCAGCGGAGAAGAGUCUCGGCAGAUGGCAGAGAAAUAG